AGGAACGAGGACAUGGCCAAGGUGGAGGUGACCGUCCUCUGCCUCAUCCUGUUCCUGGCCCUGACCGGCAACCUGUGCGUGCUGCUGGCCAUCCACACCACCCGGCAGAAGCACUCCCGCAUGUACUUCUUCAUGAAGCACUUGAGCAUCGCUGACCUGGUCGUGGCCAUCUUCCAGGUGCUGCCCCAGCUCAUCUGGGACAUCACCUUCAGGUUUUACGGGCCGGAUUUCCUUUGCCGGUUGAUCAAGUACUUGCAGGUAGUGGGGAUGUUUGCUUCCACCUACAUGCUCUUGCUGAUGUCCCUGGACCGCUGCUUGGCCAUCUGUCAGCCGCUAAGGUCUCUGCACAGGAGAGCGGACCGGGUCUCUGUCCUCCUCACCUGGCUGCUGUGCCUGCUGGUCAGCAUCCCACAGAUCCACAUAUUUUCUCUGAGGGAUGUGGGGAAUGGGGUUUACGACUGCUGGGCAGAUUUCAUCCAGCCCUGGGGACCUAAAGCCUAUGUCACCUGGAUAACCCUCAUGGUCUACAUCAUCCCCGUGUUGAUCCUAAGCAUCUGCUAUGGCUUAAUCAGCUUCAAAAUCUGGCAGAACGUGAAGCUUAAGACAGCCCACGGGCCCAACGUGGGUCUGAGCUCCGGCUCCCGCAGUGGGACAGCAUUUGCCAGGGUCAGCAGCACCAGGCUCAUCUCCAAAGCCAAGAUCCGGACAGUCAAAAUGACCUUCAUCAUAGUGUUAGCUUUCAUAGUGUGCUGGACUCCCUUUUUCUUUGUGCAGAUGUGGUCUGUGUGGGACACGAACGCUCCGCAGGAAGCCUCCCCCUUCAUCAUCGCCAUGCUCCUGGCCAGCCUCAACAGCUGCUGCAACCCCUGGAUCUACAUGCUGUACACGGGGCACCUCUUCCACGACCUGAUGCGGCGCUUCCUCUGCUGCUCCACGCGCUACCUGAAGUCGCGGCCGGCGUGCGACCUGAGCGUGGGCAAGAAGAGCAACUCCUCCUCCUUCGUCCUCAGCUGCAAGAGCACGAGCCAGAGGAGCUUCACGCAUCCGUCCAUGACGUGA